CACUGCUGCUUAACACCAAACAAGAUCUCUCAAGCCCCCGGUUUCCUCGCACACCCAACCAGCCACCACAUGGCCGCCUCCUCCCUUUCCACCUCCGCCCCUAAUGGCAGAUGCUAGGCGGCGGCGCCCUUCUUGAGAAGUAAAAGGGAAAGAUUUUUGCCGCCCGCCCGCGCCCUGCUAGGGCGCUCGGCCUCGGUCGGGCCACGGCCACACAAAGCGCCUUCCGCCUUGUUGCCUGACCCACUCCUGUUCCGUUCGAAGGCCCCAGACCGACGCAAGGCGCCGAGGCCAGUGGUCGACGCCCGCGGCGAGCUGAGAGGCGGUGUCGUCACCGACUCCGGCGCCGGCCAGGGUUGCGCGUCUCACGUGCAGUGGCAGCGGCCUGAUGGCUCCCCCCUGUAUUUUGGAUCUGCAGGUUGUGAUCUUUCUGCCCGUAUAUGUGCGAUUUGUCUUCGCUUGAUCUGAGUGACAGUAAAGCGGAGACCGGCUAGCGUUGUUCCUGAAAUCUGUUGAUUGAUGGGGAGUCAGACAAUGGCAUCACAGGCUGGGGGAGGUGGUGGAGGCGUGGGUGGCAGUGGCGGUGCCGGCGCAGCGCAACGUGGGCAGAUGCAGAGCCUGGCAAGACAAGGGUCUCUGUAUAAUCUCACCCUUGAUGAGGUGCAGAGUCAUUUGGGAGAACCCCUUCACAGCAUGAACCUUGAGGAGCUGCUGAAGAGUGUCUUUCCUGAUGGCUUGGACCCUGAUGGUGGCACCACCAGCCAGUAUGAGCAGAGUUCGGGCCUCUAUCGACAGGGGAGCAUCACAAUGCCGCCUGAGCUCAGCAAGAGGACUGUGGACGAGGUGUGGAAGGGCAUCCAGGAUGCACCAAAGAGAAAUGUUGGGGAGGGUGGUCGGCGGAGGCGGGAGCGGCAGCCGACGCUUGGGGAGAUGACGCUUGAGGAUUUCUUGGUGAAAGCUGGGGUUGUCACCGAAGGAUAUCUGAAGGACUUGAAUGACGUCGGCAAUGUGGAGCAGGUCGGUAGUGCUGGGGCUGCAGGUUUGACUGCUGGGGCACACUGGUUAGACCACUAUCAGCAGCGGAUUACAGCUAUCGAGCCCCAUCAGCACGGGCAACAUAGUUUGCCAGGUGCUUACAUGCCGGGCCAGUUAGCCCUUCAGCCUCUGAAUGUUGGGCCAGGUGCUAUUCUGGAGUCAUACUCUGAUGGCCACAUUACUUCACCAAUGAUGGGUGCACUUUCUGAUUCUCCAACGCCUGGUACAAAGCGUGGUUCCCCAGGAGAUGUGGCAGACAAGUUGAUGGAGAGAAGGCAGAAGAGGAUGAUCAAGAAUAGGGAGUCAGCUGCUCGUUCAAGGGCUAGGAAGCAGGCCUACACUAAUGAACUGGAAAACAAGGUAUCUCGAUUAGAAGAGGAGAAUGAGAAGCUAAAGAAGCAAAAGGAGUUGGAAAAGAUACUUUUCUCUGCGCCUCUUCCGGAACCCAAGUACCAACUCAGGAGAACAGGCUCGGCGACUUUCUGAUUGUAUCCAGAAUAUCUUGUUUCGUAGUUUUUAAGUCCUGUGGCUUGUAAGUUUUUGCCUCGUCGGUUUAGAAUCAUUUGCUAGCUUGGGAGUUUUUGCUUAUCCUAGCUCGAUGGUUUGCUCUCUCCCUCAGUCUCUGUCUAGACUAGCAGGAGCCUAGCAUGUGCUGUUCGAGGCCUUGCUACUAGCCUAGUAUGUAAAUCUGCAGGACACAUGUAGGUGGUCGUAGCUUGUUUACAUGGUGUGAGUUAACCCUGCUCUUGCAUGUGUGAUAUUCUGUGCUUGCGAAGCUUGCAUUGUACCAGAUGGAUACAUAUAACUAUGAGCAGUAUGGAAACCCUUUGGUAAUCUUUCCAUCACCUUGUAUUGGGUUAUAGUGACAGGAGUCAGUUUCUUGA